AUAUAUGGACUAUAUAUUACGGGUAACAGAAUUUGGUGUAACCGGGUGUGAGCUUUUCGUUGUUUUUGAUCAAAUAGGCAAACUAGGCCUACUUGUAAAUCUAAUUGCUUUUCUUCAAAUCUCACGUUAUUCGUUGAUAACAUACAUAUGGUUUUAUUUAAAAACUAAGUUAGCGUUUUGGUUUUCUUGCGCCGCUUGUCGCACCUGUUGAAUGUUUCGAUUUUAUUGAUCCAGUGGGCUAAUCGAUUCGCAAACUGAAACUUGUACAUGCUGUUGCAGAAAGUCGGUGUAAGGAAACCGUUUUGAGGUUUUAAGUGGUUUUAUGCACCAGAGAAAUGUCCACCACACUGUUCCACACUCCAGGUUUGAACCACUAUUCUACACCCUGCCCUCGAACUGCCACCCCCGCGGACAUCGAUGAACAGUUAAGAAGACCAUCAUUCAAUGGGACUGGGUGGCCUAGAGACAGUCCAGUGGCAGAGACAUACGAUGUGCGCAACAGCACCACCCAGAUGAUUCUUCUUAACAACAGGUCCAAGUCACCAAGAUUAAGAGGAUACAAGGAGAGUAAGGGAGCUAUAAACCAUCCAGACUCUAGCAGACACACAACAGACCGACCACAUGUGAAUCGAGAUGCCCACCAGAAGUGUUUGAACUCGGACAGCCCAGUGUUUACCCCAGAACAUAACGUGAACCUAGGUUGGUUCAAUGUUUCAAAGAGGCCAUCAUACAAGUUUGCCAAUGGAUCGAGUGUGAACUCUCGGAGACACACCAGCUGUCUGCCGACGGAUGAACAUGUGUUGCUAUGGAAACGGCCCCGCCACAGGAACCGUGGCUGUCGGUCUGCGGAGCUGCUUCGCGACACAAGCUUCAUGGACGAACUGACCAACACCGGCGAGAAAAACUACCUGAUGAGCAUCGCCCGGGUGUACAGCGUGCAGAACCUGAGGCGAGUGAAGCAGUCGCAGUAUGACCAGGCACUCCGACGAGAAGAACACAGAGAUGUGUACAGCUCCAAACAGUGUGAGAACUACAGGCGUUAUCUGCUUAACUUUCGAAAGACUCAGAGUGGGCCAGGAGAAUACAGAGUCAGGUCGGCUCCUCCACUGAGAGGACAGGAGUCAAGAACCCGCCGUGAGUCAGGACCUCGAAGUUCAACCAGUUUAUCAAUGGCCAAGAAAAGUGAAACCAAAGAAACCAAAACAUGCAAAAGUGAUACAGCUUUAGAUAAAAAGAAGUCAAAACCUGCCAAGAGUGAAAAAACUCGGCCAGCAUCAUGUAAAGGUCAUACAACUUCAAAGAAAAUCAAGACUGCAUCAUCUAAAAAGAAGACAAGUUUGGAGAAAAAGGAAACCACAGGAUCGAAAAAGCUUUCUUCAGCUUCGGACAAAGAUCGUGCGAAGACAUCUGGUGAGACGGAUGCAGACAAAGUGAAGACAGAAGGUGCUGAAAAACGAGAGGUCGAUGUCGAGGGUUCGGACAAGGAGAAUGAUUCUGAUGAUUACCCGACCGAACUGACCCACAUGCAUUACCCGUCCCCAAGAGAAGGUCAUGGGCGCCCCAUGUCACGACUGGGACGUGGAUCAAUGGUCAGCAAGGAAGAGUCGGAAAAUCAGGAUGAGAAUAAUGACUCAGAUUUUAGUAGUGACAGCGAGUCCACGAGAGGAAGAGAAAAACGUGAGAAGAAACCAGUUGAAAUUGAGAAACCAGCCGAGGACGAGCCAAAAGAAGAAACAAAAAUUCAGCCUCGUUCCGAUGGUAGAGGAGGCGAAGGAGAAAAACGGAAAUCUGAAGAGGAGGAGGAUGAAGACGAUAUGACCAGCGAGAAAUCUACUGAGUACAAGAACAACAAAUCAUAUUCAGACAAGAACGACAGGACCAGCGAGAAAUCUACUGACAACAAGAACAACAAAUCGUAUUCAGAUGACAAGGACGACAGGACCAGCGAGAAAUCUACUGUCGACAAGAACAACAAAUCGUAUUCAGGUGACAAGGACGACAGGACCAGCGAGAAAUCUACUGACAACAAGAACAACAAAUCGUAUUCAGAUGACAAGGACGACAGGACCAGCGAGAAAUCUACUGACAAGAACAACAAAUCAUAUUCAGAUGAUUUCUCAGAUGAUGAGCAGAAGGGAAAACCAGGAAAAUUAAAAAGUUCCAGUUCAUCUGGUUCUACAGAUUCAUCCACUGAAGACUCCACCACUGAAAGGUCAACGACAGAAAAAUCUUCAACGUAUCCAGAAAAAUCUGUUGUCGCAGAUACCAGUGAAAACACAACAAACAAAACGACAACUUCUUCGGAUUCAUCCAGUGAUACACCAGGAAAAUAUACAACAACAGAUGAACACACGACACAAAAUCAAUCACCCGAUACCAAUAGUUUAUCAAAAGAAACAGAAAAAACACCAGAGAAAGACAGUUCUGAUGCACAAGAAAAAAGGGCUUCAUUUUCUCGUGAGGAUUCAGUUGAUCUUACGGAUGGGAAGCCAAAAGAUGUCAAUAAAAUUGAAUACUAAAAAUUAAUGCAGAUUCAUGAAUGAGAGAAGAACAAACAAUUUUGAAAAACUUGCUUAUGACGAUUAACUCUUCUGGUGCUAUGCACUUAUUUACUACUAUAAUUUAUGCACUUUCAUUUAAAUGACAAAAAUUGGAUAAUAUGCAAAGGUUGCAUUAUGUAGUUCAUCAAGUAAAAUGUAUGCGUUUCAUAAAUUGCUGUCAUUUUUGGCUUGCAAGGAACAUAUAAUGGAAGUCACUAAAAAGAUAAUAUCCAUAUGGCCGAAUGUUCUUGCAACUUUUGGUUACAGUCAUGUUUAAUUUGGUCAAAGUUCACAUAUGACCAUUGAUGUAUUUUCAAUUCUGCUUGGACUCCUGUGUUUACAGACAUCAUUCUAGUAUGUGUUAAGACUAUUUUGUAAUGCAUUACAGAAUUGUAUUUAGUUUAAGCAGGAUUAACAUUCAGUUAAGUGUGGUUCAAGUUUGAUUAAAGUUCUCUAAUUGUCUUUAAUGAUCGAAUGUGACUGGCUUAAUGGAUGACUUUCACAGCUAUUCACCAAAUGAUAGUCUUUCAACUGUAGGCUAUACCCCCAGCUCCAUGAAUGAGACUCCCUGGCAAGACGAAGGUCAUUUAGAAUUUAGUUAAUGUUUGGUUAGUUUACCAAUUGCAUUUAACUGAAUUAUUUAAUGAAUGUCUUUCACAUUUGAUAUGGAUGUUUACCAAGUCAUAAUGCACACACCCAUCCCCAUAAAUGUAACCCGUUUUAAAGGUCAAUCUUGUAGAAGUUAAUGCACAGUUUGGUUAAUUGUUUUCUAAUUGUCUUUAACACUUGAAUCCUUUAAUGCAUACAUGUAGCUUUAAUAUUUGGUAUAGGUGUUUUGGGGCGUAGCCAGAGAGGAAAAAAUGUCGAAGUAGACCCAGACCUGUAAAAUAAAUAUCAGUGUCAUGGAAAAAAUUAAAGAAAGCGCCUCAUCUGUCUCAUGCUGGUUAUGCCAUUGGUGUUAACCAGCAUUAUACCUAUGAUGCCAAUUUAAGGUCAAGGUCAUUUAGAAAUUGGUUAACAUUUGGUUCGAGUUAUUCUAGACUAAUUGUCUUUUGGCUCAUUAAUCCUUUAAUGGGUGGCUUUCAUAUUUGGUAUGGGUAUUGACCAAGUGAAACUUUAUCUGCACCCUGUCCCCUUCCCCUUGAUGUCAAGAUCAUUUGAGACUUAAAUGUAUUUAAAGUUCCUGAUAAAGCUUUUAACUAUAAAACAUGGUAUGGUUUUAUUCUUUUGCAACAGACGAGUCUUUAAAGCAAGGCACUUUCGGUUCCAUAUAUGUGAUGUCACAGCAAGUUUAUGACAUUAGUAGUUAUUUUUAUGCUUUUUUUAAAAAUGUUAUUUGGAUGUAUUUAACCCAUUGUGGACUACCAAAAUGUAAAACACAAAUGAUAAGCACAUUUUGGCUACAUGUUUAACCAUAGUUUUUAGUAUAUAUGUAUUUAUGUAUGUUUAGUUAGCCCUUAAUAAUAAUUUAAUGGUCCUUGAUUUCAUUUUGAAUUGAGAUCUUCAAUUUUAUUUUUGAGGCCCUCAAUACAUACAGAUCUCCAAAGACCUAAUUUUUGUCCGUCAAAGAAUGUUUUAUAAAAAUCUGCCUCUUUAUUUUUUUUUAAUGUUUUUAUUGUUGGUGGUACCAGUGACCUCAGUAUGUUUGACGUUCAGUUUUAUGUUUGUACAAUUUCUAACGAUCUUUCGAACUUACUUAGUUGUAGUCCUUGUCAUUUGGAGGUCCAAUCAAUAACCUUUAUUUUAAUUUUGCUGACAGUACAAGUAGCCAUCGUCCUUGUAUAAAUUUGUAGUUUAAUAGUUGGAUUUACACAUAAUACCGGUAGUAUAUUUCGGCCCGAAACCUUGCUUACUGUUUCUUUUUGUGGAAAAUGAAAAUAAUAAAUUUUGUAUUUAAUGAUGCAUUUAACUUAUAAAAUGUGAUGAGUGCAUCUUUAAAUAAAACAAUAAUUUCUUCCUUCUAUAGUCCUUCCCACGGAGAUCACCAUUUUUUCAUACCAUGGAGUUAUUUAUUUCUGAGCCAAUUAUUUUCUAAAUUGCACACAAUUUGUUCUGGUGUUUUUUGGUUAUUUCCAAAACAAUUUACUUUUCUUCUUACAUUUACGUCAUACCAAACUAAAAUUAUUUACAAUUUUUUUUUUUAAAGGAUGGGAUGGACUAUAGAUCAGUCACGCAUCAGGCGAGCACUUGACCCCUCCCUUUCUUUUGUUUUGUGUGGAAUGCAGAACACCUGUAAACACACAUCUAUUGUGUGACAGCCCAUAGGCGUGUUCCCUUGGUGAACUUACUGGAUUGUCUCCCUUACCAGUGCUCUUUGACUGGUAUAUCAAAAGCUGUGAUAUGUACUGUACUGUCUGGGCAAGUACAUAUAUAAGAUCCAUAGCUGCUAAUCUGUAAGUGUAUAUAUUGCCUCUGUGGUGGCUGCGUGUUUCUCCCUUCUCAACGAAGUAUCAGUUAUCAUUUAUGUUAGACAUCAAAAAAUUGUACAUGUAUUUAUUUUUGGAUGUUCUGAUCACCAAAUUCAAUAAUUUUAUUAAAAUUAAAAUUUCUCAAUUGAACAUGUUUCUUAAAAUGUUUGUAGCAUGUAGUAGUAUUUCACUUAAGUUAUUUACAUGCAUGCAUGUUGUGAAUUUGUUAAUGUGAUCAUUUUGUUACAAAACGUGUCUGUGAUACAUUUGUUAUUGUUGUGAUGUAAUAACACAUUCCAUGAUUCAGGAAUGAGAAAAGUAGAUUAUAUUUAUACAAGUCUUGUAAUAAACUUGAAAGAUAUA